AGCUGACGGUUGAUUUUUAAAAAAGAAAAAAGCGUUAUUAUUCUAUAUAACUGCAGUUAAUUGUUACAUAGUAUAAAAAAAUUAAAUAAAACAACAACAAAUACUAGUAACAAAGGAAACGGAAACGGUGCGGUUAGAAAGCAAAAAGAAAUAAAGAAUAUGUAACAACCAUAUAAACGAAUAAAUAUUAGGCGUUUGUGUGUAUAACAACAGCUGUAUUUGUGAAUGUUGGCUAAAAAGUCUGUGAGAGUGUACAUGUACAUAUGUAUGUAUGUUUGUAUAGAAUGUGUUACCAAUGAAUAUGUAAAUUUUUUGGCAACAAGAAAAAAGUGGUUUACCUUUAUAGAUAGAUUGGUAGUUAAAAAAAGCAAUGGAAAAUAAAUAAAGUGAAAAAUAAAAGAAAAUUAAAUUCAUACAACACAAUAAAAAUGAAAAAUAAAAAUCCUUUAAAAGUAAAUGAAAUGUAAAAAAUAAAUAUCUUUAAUAAGUUCGAAUGAGGUUUUCAAUAUGGCCAAGUAUGCCAAAGGAAAAUUAAAUUUAAACACGUUGUGUAAUAAACCAGAAAAGUAAACUAAUGUACACUAAUAAAUUAAGUAAAAUAAUGUCUAAAAUUUCAUAAUGUCUCAACCCGGUAAACGAGGAGGAAGAGGUGCGGCCGCUAAGGGAAUAGGUCGUAAUACACCCUCCUCUGUAACGAGUGGUGCGACUAGUAAUACUCCCGAUGAAUCGGUAGCGGCCAGUGACCGAAAUACUCCCGCCAGUAAAGCUGAGUCCGAUCCCAAAGAUGAUAGUUCGAGUAAUGGUGAUCGUAAAGAAAUCGAUGGCGCUCCUACACCGAAGCCACCAAGUGCAGGAGCUUCCAUACGUGAGUCAGCGAAUAAAAUUUUAGCGUUGUCCAUGAAAGGAGAAUGGACGCCAGUGGAGCAAGAGUUAAAAAAAUUGGAAAAAUAUGUUGCCAAUCAAGGGGAAGAUGGGAAUACGAUACCAUUGGCUGGAAUACAUGACGUGAAUACUGGUAUGACGCCUCUAAUGUUUGCUACCAAAGACAAUAAAACUUCAAUCAUGGAUCGUAUGAUUGAACUGGGAGCCGAUGUUGGUGCUAGGAAUAAUGACAAUUACAAUGUGUUGCAUAUUGCAGCCAUGUAUUCGCGUGAGGAUGUCGUAAAACUGUUGCUGAAUAAACGAGGAGUUGAUCCAUUUUCAACCGGAGGGUCUCGUGCCCAGACAGCGGUGCAUUUGGUGUCUAGUCGUCAAACUGGUACAGCAACCAAUAUAUUAAGAGCUUUAUUGGCUGCAGCAGGCAAGGAUAUACGUUUAAAAGCGGACGGGAGAGGAAAAGUUCCACUUCUUUUGGCUGUGGAAGCGGGCAAUCAGUCUAUGGUCAGAGAAUUAUUGGCGGCACAAACGGCUGAUCAACUGAAGGCUACGGCAGCUAAUGGAGACACAGCCUUGCAUUUGGCUGCCAGGCGUAGGGAUGUUGAUAUGGUACGCAUAUUGGUGGACUAUGGCACAAAUGUUGAUACACAAAAUGGUGAAGGGCAAACCCCUCUACACAUAGCGGCAGCUGAAGGCGAUGAAGCCUUGUUAAAGUACUUUUAUGGUGUGCGAGCAUCUGCUUCAAUAGCGGAUAAUCAAGAUCGAACUCCUAUGCAUUUGGCUGCUGAGAAUGGUCAUGCUCAUGUUAUUGAAAUUUUAGCCGAUAAAUUUAAAGCCAGUAUUUUUGAGCGAACCAAAGAUGGCAGCACAUUAAUGCAUAUUGCUUCUCUUAAUGGCCAUGCAGAAUGUGCCACUAUGCUUUUCAAGAAAGGAGUUUACCUGCAUAUGCCCAAUAAAGAUGGAGCUCGUAGUAUCCAUACAGCUGCUGCUUAUGGUCAUACCGGCAUUAUUAAUACUCUUUUGCAAAAAGGCGAAAAAGUCGAUGUAACAACUAAUGAUAAUUACACAGCUUUACAUAUAGCGGUCGAAGCUUGCAAGCCAGCAGUGGUUGAGACACUACUUGGUUUUGGAGCCGAUGUUCAUGUCCGGGGUGGUAAAUCACAUGAGACUCCCUUACAUUUAGCCGCACGAGUUAAGGAUGGAGAUCGUUGUGCUUUAAUGCUCCUUAAGUCCGGUGCUAGUCCCAAUUUAACUACCGAUGAUGGCCUGACGCCGGUACAUUUUGCCGCCCGUCAUGGUAAUCUGGCAACGCUGAUGCAACUACUCGAAGAUGACGGUGAUCCCCUUUAUAAGUCCAAUACUGGCGAAACUCCUUUGCAUAUGGCCUGUCGCGCCUGUCAUCCUGAGAUUGUUAAACAUCUGAUUGAAACCGUGAAAGAGAAACAUGGACCCGACAAAGCCACUUCCUACAUAAAUACCGUUAAUGAAGAUGGCGCCACUGCGCUUCAUUUUACUUGCCAAAUUACGAAAGAAGAAGUUAAAAUACCUGAGUCCGAUAAAGAAAUAGUGAGCAUGUUGCUGGAAAAUGGUGCUGAUGUUACAUUGCAGACUAAAAAUGCUUUGGAAACUGCCUUCCAUUAUUGUGCGAUGGCGGGCAACAAUGACGUACUGAUGGAAAUGAUCGCCCACAUGAAUCCGACGGACAUACAGAAGGCCAUGAAUCGUCAGUCGUCCAUUGGUUGGACGCCCUUACUGAUUGCCUGUCAUAGAGGGCAUAUGGAACUGGUCAACAACCUUUUAGCGAAUCAUGCCAGAGUUGAUGUAUUCGAUAUCGAGGGUCGUUCUGCUUUGCAUUUGGCUGCCGAACGAGGGUAUCUGCAUGUAUGCGAUGCUCUAUUGACUAAUAAGGCUUUUAUAAAUUCGAAAUCUCGAGUCGGUCGCACGGCGUUACAUCUGGCCGCGAUGAACGGCUUCACUCAUCUGGUGAAGUUUCUCAUCAAGGAUCAUAAUGCAGUUAUUGAUAUUUUAACAUUACGUAAACAAACGCCACUUCAUCUGGCUGCGGCCAGCGGUCAGAUGGAGGUAUGUCAGCUCUUGUUAGAAUUGGGAGCUAACAUAGAUGCGACCGAUGACUUGGGACAGAAACCCAUACAUGUCGCCGCGCAGAACAACUACUCAGAAGUGGCCAAAUUGUUUCUGCAGCAACAUCCAUCACUGGUAAAUGCUACUAGUAAAGAUGGAAAUACCUGUGCCCAUAUUGCUGCCAUGCAGGGUUCUGUUAAGGUGAUCGAGGAACUAAUGAAGUUCGAUCGAUCUGGCGUGAUAUCUGCUAGAAAUAAAUUGACUGACGCCACACCAUUACAAUUAGCAGCAGAAGGAGGGCAUGCAGAUGUAGUGAAGGCGUUGGUAAGAGCUGGAGCUUCAUGUACGGAGGAGAAUAAAGCUGGUUUUACUGCUGUGCAUUUGGCGGCUCAGAACGGCCAUGGCCAAGUAUUGGACGUUUUGAAAAGUACAAAUUCUUUGAGAAUCACCAGCAAGAAAUUGGGACUGACACCGUUGCAUGUGGCAGCCUACUAUGGGCAGGCGGAUACGGUGCGGGAACUCCUUACUAGCGUACCGGCCACAGUAAAGUCAGAAACGCCGACAGGACAAAGUUUGUUUGGUGAGUUGGGUACAGAAUCGGGGAUGACUCCGCUACACUUGGCAGCAUAUUCGGGCAACGAGAACGUAGUACGGUUACUGUUGAACUCAGCCGGAGUGCAGGUGGAUGCAGCUACCACAGAGAAUGGUUACAAUCCUCUUCAUUUGGCGUGCUUCGGUGGUCACAUGUCAGUGGUUGGUUUACUUCUGAGUCGCUCGGCAGAACUUCUCCAGUCUACAGAUCGCCAUGGUCGCACUGGUCUACACAUAGCUGCUAUGCAUGGUCAUUUUCAGAUGGUGGAGAUUUUGCUAGGUCAAGGCGCAGAAAUAAAUGCAACUGACAAAAAUGGUUGGACGCCACUGCAUUGUGCUGCCAAAGCCGGUCACUUAGAAGUGGUGAAACUUUUGUGUGAGGCUGGAGCAUCUCCAAAAUCUGAAACCAAUUACGGUUGUGCUCCUAUAUGGUUUGCUGCUUCCGAAGGACACAAUGACGUCCUCAGGUAUCUAAUGAAUAAAGAACAUGAUACCUAUGGUUUGAUGGACGACAAACGUUUUGUUUACAACCUAAUGGUGGUUUCGAAGAAUCAUAACAAUAAACCGAUACAGGAAUUUGUUUUGGUUUCGCCAGCACCCGUAGAUACAGCUGCCAAAUUAUCUAACAUUUAUAUGAUUUUAUCCACAAAGGAAAAAGAGCGUGCUAAGGAUCUAGUGGCAGCUGGCAAACAAUGUGAGGCUAUGGCGACUGAACUUUUGGCCUUAGCAGCCGGUUCUGACUCUGCGGGAAAAAUUUUACAAGCGACCGAUAAAAGAAAUGUGGAGUUUUUAGAUGUAUUAAUAGAAAAUGAACAGAAAGAGGUUAUAGCUCAUACGGUGGUACAAAGAUAUUUGCAGGAAUUGUGGCGAGGUUCCUUGACAUGGGCUUCCUGGAAAAUAUUGCUACUGCUAGUAGCAUUUAUAGUCUGCCCACCCGUUUGGAUUGGCUUUACCUUUCCCAUGGGUCACAAAUUUAACAAAGUGCCUAUUAUAAAAUUUAUGUCUUACCUCACCUCGCACAUCUAUCUAAUGAUCCAUCUCAGUAUUGUGGGUAUAACUCCAAUUUACCCGGUGCUUCGGCUAAGCUUGGUCCCCUACUGGUACGAAAUAGGCCUGCUCAUUUGGUUGAGCGGUUUACUUUUGUUCGAGUUGACAAAUCCUUCAGAUAAAUCUGGAUUGGGAUCUAUCAAAUUGUUAGUGCUGCUGUUGGGAAUGGCCGGUGUUGGAGUUCAUGUAACGGCCUUCUGUUUUGUGUCCAAAGAAUAUUGGCCAACACUUAUAUAUUGUCGCAAUCAAUGCUUUGCGUUGGCCUUCUUGCUUGCAUGUGUACAAAUUUUAGACUUUCUCUCGUUCCAUCAUCUUUUUGGGCCCUGGGCCAUUAUUAUUGGCGACUUGCUCAAAGAUUUGGCGAGAUUUUUGGCUGUGUUAGCUAUAUUCGUUUUCGGCUUUUCUAUGCACAUAGUAGCUCUGAAUCAAUCAUUUGCCAAUUUUACUCCCGAGGAGUUGAGAUCGUUUGAAAAGAAGAAUCGUAAUCGUGGAUAUUUCAGUGACGAUGACAUGCCCACACCUCGCCCACCGCCUGCAGAGAACUAUGUUGACUCUAGUCGCAGUAUGUUGAGUGAAUUUCGCCGCAAGCAUAAAGAUGAUCUGCGCAUGCAUCCGAUAAAUUCGUUUGAAUUAUUAUUUUUUGCCGUGUUUGGUCAAACGACGACUGAACAGACACAAGUUGACAAAAUCAAAAAUCUAGCUACGCCCACUCAACCCUAUUGGGUAGAGUAUCUAUUUAAAAUAGUAUUUGGUAUCUAUAUGUUGGUGUCGGUGGUGGUGCUAAUCAAUCUAUUAAUUGCUAUGAUGUCCGAUACCUAUCAAAGGAUACAGGCCCAAUCUGAUAUAGAAUGGAAAUUUGGCCUAUCAAAGCUUAUACGCAAUAUGCAUCGCACAACAACAGCGCCAUCCCCGCUUAAUUUAGUUACCACCUGGUUUAUGUGGAUCGUUGAGAAGGUCAAGGCUCGCAUGAAGAAAAAGAAGCGUCCAAGUCUGGUACAGAUGAUGGGAAUACGCCAGGCCAGUCCCCGUACGAAAGCUGGAGCCAAAUGGCUUUCCAAGAUCAAGAAAGAUUCCAUGGCCUUAUCAGUGGUUCACUUAUCGCCAUUGGGUUCACAAACCAGUUUUUCGGCUGCCAACCAAAAUCGCAUUGAAAAUGUUGCUGACUGGGAAGCUAUUGCCAAAAAGUAUCGUGCUCUCAUGGGAGAUGAAGAAGCAACAUCCCUUAAAGAUUCAGAUGCAGAAUCAGGUUCCGUUGAAGGUGGUAGUGGUGGUGGUGGAGCUUCACACCCUCCCGGCCAGGUGGGCAAUAAUGUUGCGAACCAACAGCCAAAUGUUUAAAUUUAAACAACUUUCAUAUUUUCCGCUUUGUAUAGAAAUUGCUUAAUUUGUUCUACUAUAUUUGCAUAUAUAAAUGUUAAGAUUUUUCUUCCUCUAAAGAAGUGCAUAUAUUUAAUAUUUCCAGGUCUAAAUAUCCAAAAAUUCUUACUAAGGACUCUUUUAUUUUAUAUGAUAUUUUUUGACUAAUUAUGAAUGUAUAAUAACAAUUUUUGUACAUUACAUUAAGUAUAAAUACCCAAAUUAGAUAGUUGUUUAAUAAAAAAUAAUUUAAUUGUAAUUUAUAAUUCCUGCUAUAAAUAUUUAAUUUGAAAUAUAUUUAUAUUAAGUUAGAAUUUUGUAAAGUAAAUUUAUUGAAAACAAAAACAACAAAAACGUGUUUUCCAUAAUACUAGUUAGACAUCCUGUCAUUUAAGUAUUUCGUAAUGUAAAUUUAAGGGUUUGUCAUAGAAUUUUAAAGUAACUAUUCCAUUUUAAAUAAAAGUCUAUUUGGUAUUAAUUGGAUUUUUUAAAGUAAUUUUUAUAAA